AUGUCAUCGAUCCUUGCAAAAGGUGACCUGGACAAGGUUCCAGAGAAAACAGCUGCAGUGUGGCCAGUGGCAGAAGUGCCAGGUAGCAAGGGCGAGGACGACGACAUUGACCCACUUGAUGAGAUUCUGGAACCAGGAGAGGAAGUUCCAGAUUUCUCGGAGGCAGACGAUUGGCUGCGAGACAAGAACGAUGAAAUGCAAGUUGAAGCUGAUCUAGAUGAUCUUUUUGGGGCAGACUCACCUGACUUGGAACACAUGAUCGUCAAACUGCCAGUGAAAGGGGAAGUGAAACGUGUUGGGUCAACUGUCUUCACAGGGUCCGUUAAAAGCGGGCAAAUUUCGUAUUUCACCCAUUGGACACCGCCAGCCAUCCUGGCGGUGUGCGCAAUCCAUGAAGAUUGCUACACAACUGCGCCAUUAUUAGGCCAUGAUGUCUCAGAAGACUCGCUUGUACAGUGGCUAGGGCAAGGUCCGUCAUUCAAAUCUGAGAAAGAUCAUGGAAAGUUUAUUCCCGCUGGUACAUACAAGAAGCGGCUCGGUAGGAGAUAA